GUGUGAUUUAAAAACAUUUCGUGUUUCAGAUCUAGACGUAACGGUUAGACGAGCAAGUAUAGAUUUUAUACUAGUUUGAAUCAGUAUAAAACACAAGUUAAAUACACUGUCAAAAGGAAGGAAGUUGGUACAUGUAUUAGGUCACAAACUGAAAUAUUGACUUCAUCUGUACCGUGAAAAUGUCGAGUAGGACCACUAUUGAUGAUAUUAACAAAGCACAUGAAAGGAUAAAGCCGUAUGUUCAUAAAACACCUAUUUUUACAAGUUCGACUUUUAAUAAAUUAAUUGGGAGAGAAGCAUUUUUCAAAUGUGAAAAUUUACAAAAAACUGGAUCCUUUAAAGCAAGAGGAGCACUAAAUUCAAUUUUGAGGUUGAAGGAAGCAGAUCCAAAUUUAAAGGGAGUGGUAACUCACAGCAGUGGUAACCAUGGUCAAGCUACAGCUUGGGCUUCCCGUAUGUCAGGUGUCGAAUGCUCGGUUGUCAUUCCAAGAACAGCGCCUAAGGUCAAAGCUGCGGCUAUUAAAGGUUAUGGAGCAGAUUUAAUAUUUUGUGAACCUAACCCAACUGCAAGAAAAGAAACCUGCGACAAGAUUGCUGCAGAGAAGGGCUAUGCAAUUGUUCAUUCGGCAGACCAUUACGACGUUAUCGCUGGACAGGGCACCAUGGCAGUGGAGCUUUUGGAAGAAGUACCAGAUUUAGAUGCAAUACUUGUAUCGGCUAGUGGAGGCGGCAUGAUAUCUGGUAUAUCUAUUGCUGCUAAAGCUAUUAACAAAAAUAUAAAAGUGUUUAUGGUAGAACCUGAAGGUAAAAUGGCUGAAAAAUGCAUGCGAUCAGGUGAAAGAUUGUGGCCAAACCCUCCAAAAUUUUUGGAUACGAUAGCAGACGGUAUUAUUUUACAGCAGUUAGGCCAUCUAACUUUUCCAAUUAUUUGUGAUCUAGUAGAAAAAGAUGUCUUUACUGUUAACAAUGAAGAUAUGAUAAAAGGGAUGAAGUUUGCAUUUCAACAUAUGAAGUUGGUUAUAGAAGCCGCUUCUGGAGCGACAAUUGCUGCUGCCAUGUCAGAAAAGUUAAUGCAAAUGGAUCCUAGUAUAAAGAAAAUUGGCAUUAUUAUAUGUGGAGGAAAUGUAGACAUAGAUAAACUACCAUGGUACUCACAGAAGGAACCACAGGGAUAACAUGCCUUAAAAUAUUAUUAGUUUAUUUUGUAUAACUAAGGACUGUAUGCAAUAGUAUAAAUAUGCUUAAUAUACAUCUAAAUUACAUUGCUGUCUGCAACAUGUGAACAAAAAAUGUCGUGUAACAUCAUUGCUUUUAUUGAAAUAUUGGCACAAGACAAACCUGUUGACCAUAGAUAAAUAAUGAGCACGACCGGUUUAAAUAUUAUAUUUCAUAAAUCUGGUUUAACAUGUUAAACUUCGUAGAAGCUUAUCUAAUAUUAGUUGGGCAAAGUAAUAUUUAAUUCCGCCAAUAUCAUCUUGACACAUAUGAAUUAGCAUGUAACUCACAGAAUGAAUCACGUGGAUAGGAUGAUCUGAGAUACUAGUAGCUUGUUUAAAAAGCUUCGGUUUUUUUAUAUUUUUUUAUGAAAUUACACACCUAUAUAACAUACUAGUUUGCAAAUAACACACCUUACAUUUAAACAUGCAAACAUUAAAUAUAUCCGUAUGUCUAAAUGUUUUAACAGUUGGUAGUAUUCUCUGUGAGCUAUACUUGUAAUACGUACAUACUUAAUACGUGUUUUCUGUUAACAUUGCUACAAUCAUGUAACUUUGUAAACGAUAUUUACUAGUUAUCUUUUUUUUUUAACUCUUCCCAGUUUAGAGCAACUAAAGUUCUGCAUUUCAUAAUAAUUGCUUUCGCACUUGGCACGAAGGGAAUUGUUGGUUUUUCAAAUCUUUGAUUUCAUUGUCAUACGUCGUUUUCUUUCAAAAUUGAAUCCUCUAAUAUUCGAUAUUCUGUAUCCAUCAAUAACGUGAACAUUCUGAUCAAAAUUUGUAUACCAGUUUUAAUGUCUGUCACAGCAUCCUUGAUCUGAUUCCAUUAAAGCGGGUGUAAAAUUGAUAGUUGUUAUACCUUAACCUAGAUACAUAAUGAAAGUGGAACAAUUGGGAAACUGGUGAAUUGCCACCUGAUCUUGAUUUUUAAUGCUAUUUUACAUAGCUUGGUAUUUAUUUUUGAACUGAUAUUUACAGGUCACAAUCAAUGACCAAAACAUUUCCUAAACAUUCUUGUAUACGAUAAAUAAUGUGUACCACCUGUUAAUUGGUUUAUCUAAAUGAAAUAUGAAUAUGAAUUUACUGUUUGAAUUUUGGUUCUUGUAAAGGCUUUUCUGGAUUCCUUAGUUGUGGCGUUUGGUAACUCCAAGUGCCCUCACUGCUUAAGUAAAAGUCCUUUUCUAGAAUCAACAGAGAACACUAAUCACCUAGUACUUGCUGUCACUAGCCAGGUGAGUGAUUCGCCAACUUAUUUUGUUUAUUUCUUGUUGUGAUAUCGCAUAUACCUAUUCAAAUUCUUAUAUCUCUGCUACUCAAUUAUUAUUUAUAUCUUUGACUGUGAUAUCGUCUUAGCGAUAAACCAUGAUUUCGUUAAAUUUUUAUUGGUUAUAUAAUUUUGUGAUAUAAGCGAAACCGGUGUUUAAUGUCUUGUUUACUUAUUAGAUGUGUUUAUCAAUGCAUAAUACUGUGAGAUUAAAGAAGGAAAGAGGAAAAUACUAUUACGGUUUUCUUUUUUUUUUGUUAACGUGGUAUAUUUGUGUUAAGGAGAUAACUCUUAUUCCAGCAGCACCUGCAUACGGGGUAUAUAUCUCCCAAUUGAUACGAUAUUCCCGUGCUUGCAUUUCCUAUCAUGAUUUUCUUGAUAGAGGGUUACUGCUCACAAGGAAGCUAUUAAACCAAGAGUUCCAAAUGGUGAAGUUGAAAUCAUCCCUUCGUAAAUUUUACGGACGCCAUCACGAGUUGGUUGACCGUUAUGGAAUAACCGUUUAACAAAUGAUAUCGGAUAUGUUCCUUACGUCGUAGCUACAAUCCCCUUCCCUUUCAUGAAUUUGACCUACCGAAUUAGACUAUUUACCGGAUUUGUAAUCACAUAAGCAACACGACGGGUGCCGCAUGUGGAGCAGGAUCUGCUUACCCUUCCGGAGCACCUGAGAUCACCCCUAGUUUUUGGUGGGGUUCGUGUUGUUUAUUCUUUAGUUUUCUAUGUUGUGUCAUUUGUACUAUUGUUUUUCUGUUUGUCUUUUUCAUUUUUAGCCAUGGCGUUGUCAGUUUGUUUUAGAUUUACGAGUUUGACUGUCCCUUUGGUGUCUUUCGUCCCUCUUUUAUAUUUGGUCAAUAUAUUUUUUAUUUGUAAGCAUUCAUUGAAAACCGAUUUAAGGUAUUCCUGUUUAUCAUAAGCUUAGAAUUCAUUCAUGAAAAUGGUUAGCAUAAACGUUCUAAUGAUUUGUAAGAGUAGUGUCCCUUAUCUAAGGAUACGUUCUAAAAAAGGAAGUUUUAUGUAUUAACAUUUUGUUACGUUAUAUGUAACUUAUCUUUUAGUUUUGAUUUAUAUUUAUUCCAUACAUUGUAGACGAUUUAAUAAUAAAUGCCGAAUAAUAGUAUUAGAUGGCACCAAUUUGUGAGCCUUAACUUUAGAAAAAAAAAGUGAAAACUUGCUUUAUUGAAUAACCGUAUAUUGUACAAUCGUUUUGAAUGAGGUACUUGCCUGCUGAUACUUUUGGAAUCAAAUUGACAGUACAGAACGUCACAUUUGAUAUCAUCUAAUACUAUUAUGAUGGUUGAUAGCGUUAGAUUACAAUGCUUAUAAUACUGUAGUGAUCAAAUAGAUAUCCGGUGAUUAAAUAUUAUUUGUGAUGUUGAUUUUUUUACUUAGUUUUAUGCUGAAAUUUAAUAAUAAAGAAUACAUUUACCGUU